GAAAGGUAUAAAGGUCCCAGCAGAGACUGCCAGAGACAGAUCUGUGAAAGCCUGAGAAGUGUCCCAUUUCCUCUUUGCUGUCCCCAGUAAAGCAUAACCUUGACCAUGAAGGCAACUGGUGUUUUUCUGCUCCUCUCCCUGGCACUCUGCUGCUACCAAGGAAACGCCGAGAUGGGUGGAGCUGCUGACAGAGGAAUAGAGCCAGCUUGUGACAACUAUGACCUAAGAAAAGGUUGUACAAGGAUCUUUGACCCUGUCUGUGGCACGGACAACCUCCUGUACGGCAAUGAGUGUCUGCUGUGCUAUCAGAACCUGCAAAGAAACAGUCACGUGCGCAUAAAGAACAGGGGAAUGUGCCAAAAGCCCUCUCCACGCUUCAACUCUGCUUGAAACUGAAAGGUGCAACUGUUCUGCAGAAGACAGGACAAAGAUGUCCCUCACCUAUAUAAACUCCUAAUAAAAUGAAAGCAUUGCCAUGUC